AUGGCUUCGCAGGAGGGCGAUCAUGCCGCAAGCCCACCUGUGGCCGACUCACCAACUUCCCCCACGAAUGACAGAGAAAAGUCGGUGGCUUUUGCUGACGAGCAAGCCGCCACCGCCCAGUCUGACCGAGAUGGCACACCCGCUGAUGCGCCCGAUGACCUUGACGAAGCGUCGGCCUUGAAAAGCCUCAGCGCAAACGUCCGCGACCAAGAAGAUCUCGAGCGCGAUAUUUCGCAUCAAGCCAGCCUUGCGCUGAACGAGGCCGAGGACGCCAAGGACAAGAACCGCAUUGCCAGGGCCGAAGCUACCAAGUCUAAACUCUUGACUAAGAAGCAGGACCAACAACAGAAGUUGCGGAGGGCUUGGGGAAACACUCCAUUGAAAGAGAAGAUUCAACAAGAGAUUGCGCGCAUCGAUGCCGACAUCGAGCUGGUCGACAAGGACAUUGCGGAUUUCAACGAUCGAAUCGAAGAAAGAAAAAGAGCCGGUGAGGAGGAUGAUGCCACGACUGCUAAAUCCAAAGGCAAGUUGCCUGGCGAAACCCAGAGGGAGUACCUGAUUCGCACUGGCAAGAUCACGCCCUUUGCCAAAAUUGGUGGCCCGAGGCCAGAGGGUAUCCAGGGUGAACUCGCUGAUGCCAUCAUCGACGCCGAAGAUGAAGCCGUUGCUGAGGAGCUUGAAAUGGAACAAGCGGCCGACCAGCCGCGCUCUCACCGCAAUCUGCGGCUGCCAGGCUUCGUCGAGGAGGACGAGGGGGAGGAUGCAACUGCAGCCGCUGUGGAGAAUGCGUUUUCUUUGCGUCCUCGCAAGAAGCGUAAGGUCGCAGCAGAUGUUGCCUCGUCUGAUGAAUUCGAACCGAGCGGUGCUUCGGCUGCCUCCCCGGGUUCUGCAUCCGAAAUCGCAUCUGAGGAGUACGAUAUGACCGAUCUCACUCGCACUGCCCCCAGGAAAACGCCCAAGAGCUCUCACAAAGAUGAAAAAACUGUUGAUUUUAGCAAAUUCGACGACGGUGAUGAGUCGGCUUAUCAGAGGCGGCUCUCGGACUGGGUCGAGCGUAGAAGUCGAGCCAGGAGACGCAAGCAAGAGAACAACGCGCUCCCAGCCGACAGUGAUAGGGGCGAGGAAUGGUUCAAGCCCUCUCCCGACCAGCCCGACCACUAUCUCGAGAACGGCCUAAAGCUACCUGGCGACAUCUACCCAUCGCUUUUUGAUUAUCAAAAAACCGGUGUGCAAUGGCUGGCCGAACUCUAUGCCCAGAAGGUCGGUGGUAUCGUUGGUGAUGAAAUGGGCUUGGGGAAGACCAUCCAGCUGAUUUCUUUUGUCGCUGCCUUGCAUUACAGCAAGAAACUCACAAAGCCGGUUCUUGUCGUAGCCCCAGCAACUGUGCUCCAGCAGUGGGUCAGCGAGUUUCAUCGAUGGUGGCCUGCCCUCCGGGUGUCCAUUCUCCAUUCUUCCGGAAGCGGUAUGCUCAACCUUGGAAAGGAGGCGAGCUUCGAAGACGAGGACAUGUGGGAAGAUGCCGCCCGGCCGAGGAAAUCGAGCAAGGCCGCGAAGAAGAUCGUGGACCGAGUGGUCAAAGACGGUCAUGUUCUCGUCACCACAUAUGCUGGCCUCCAGACUUACGGCGAUGUGCUGAUACCUGUAGAAUGGGACUAUGCCGUGUUGGACGAAGGGCACAAGAUUCGGAAUCCGAAUACCUACAUCACUAUAUGCUGCAAGGAGCUGCGGACGCCCAACCGAGUCAUCCUCUCGGGAACCCCCAUGCAGAACAAUCUGAUUGAGCUUUGGUCCCUCUUCGACUUCAUCAACCCGAUGCGCCUCGGCUCUUUGGUUGCAUUCCGGAACCAAUUCGAAAUACCCAUCAAGCUAGGCGGCUAUGCCAACGCGACUAAUCUUCAAGUGAUGACAGCUCAAAAGUGCGCAGAGACCCUGAAGGACACAAUCAGCCCCUACCUGCUGCAGCGCACAAAGAAGGACGUGGCCGCAGAUCUGCCCAAGAAGCAGGAGCAGGUCUUGUUCUGCAAGCUCACCGCCGUCCAACGUGACGCAUAUGAGCAGUUCUUGAGGUCUGACGAGAUGAAUGCCAUCCUCAACCACACGCGCAAGUCACUUUUCGGCAUUGAUCAGCUGAGGAAGAUAUGUAACCAUCCAGACUUGCUCUUCCCACAGCGGAAGAACAGGACGGAUUACAAGUGGGGUUCUGCACGCCAAUCUGGAAAAAUGCAAGUCGUCAAAAAGCUUGUGCACUUGUGGAAACGCUUUGGUCACAAGAUCUUGCUGUUCAGCCAGGGCGUCCAGAUGCUUGACAUAUUGGAGGCGUUUGUCAGGCGGCAGAAUGACAUCAACUUUCUUCGCAUGGAUGGUAAGACUCCGGUGAAGGAGCGACAGAAGCUUGUCGACAAAUUCAACAACGACCCCAACAUCCACCUGUUCCUCUUGACAACCAAGGUCGGCGGUCUCGGGGUCAAUCUUACAGGUGCCAGCAGAGUCAUCAUCUACGAUCCGGACUGGAACCCUUCCACCGACGUGCAGGCCCGGGAACGAGCGUGGCGGCUGGGGCAGAAGAAAGAGGUUACCAUCUUCCGUCUCAUGACGGCUGGCACUAUCGAGGAAAAGAUCUAUCACCGGCAGAUCUUCAAGCAGUUCCUGGCGAACAAGGUUCUUAAGGACCCGAAGCAGCGCACAACGCUGAACCUUAGUGACAUGCAUGAUCUCUUCACCCUAGACACAGAUCAUGGUGGUGCUACAGAGACGAGCAGGCUCUUCCAAGGCAGUGAAGUCGCGGCCACUAUUACGCCUAAGCCCAAGAUAACACCUGGAAACGCGAAUUAUGACCUCGAGGACCAGCAUGCUAGGAUGGCGGCGAAUGCGGCAACGACGGGUGACGAAGAAGGCGAGGACGACAAGCUGCGUGAGAUUGAGGGCGUGGCCGGAGUCGAAGAGUUCAAGGAGGGCGAAGACAGCGGCCCUGGCGACGAAGACCGCAUAAUGGCCGGGAUCUUCGCGCGUGGGGUUCACGAGGCUCUGGAGCAUGAUCAGAUCGUGAACGGCAAGAAAGCAGUGAAGGCCGAUCGCACCAUCCUCGAGCGCGAGGCAAAUCGCGUUGCCGCCGAGGCAGCUGAUCACCUCCGUCGGUCCCGUGAGCAAGCCCGUAAUGUGCCGAUUGGAACCGUCACCUGGACCGGCGAGCAUGGCCAGGCCGGUGCGCCUCGCCUGCCGAAUGUCAACCGCGGGCGAGGAGGGCCCAGCUCUGCUGGCGUUCUGGCUGGUAUCCGCGACCGCCAGGGCCUCGGAGGCGGAGGCGGAGGUGGUAGCAGCGCCGGCAGCUCUCGCUCGGCUACGCCGCCGACUAAUGGGCGGUACGGCGUGAAGGAGUUCAAGGAGAUGAUCCCGACCUUCAUCCGGCGCCAUGGGGGCAAGUGCCCAUCCAAAGUGCUGGUGGACCACUUCAACCCAUACUGUCACACGAAGAAGGCAACGGAGGCGUUCAAGGCGGCGCUGAAUGCCGUGGCCAGGAUGGAGCAGGCCGGCAGCACAAUGCGAGGCAUCUGGACUCUACGGCCGGAAUACAAGUGA